UCCUGUCGAUACCUUUUUGGUCAUGGUUGACGAGAUGCAGCGUUACUCCUGUCGUCCCAAGGUACUACUUCUAAAGGUACAGUGUGAAUCUACAGUUUCAUAAAAGUGGAUACUUAUGUUCUACUUCUACUUCAACACGCUACCUAGCGGGGGCGUGAGUCCGCAGACUCUACGUGAACAAUUAUGCUAUUGUGCAUGCGACGAGUUUGCAUUUGACGACUUGACUCAGAGCACCAAUUUUCUUUUUCUGUCGAUGCUUGGCGACGCUGUUGCUCAGAAACAAGAAACAAACUGAGGUGCUGUAGAUG